UCUGUUCUCUCGCGCUUUCUUGCACUAGCUAGCUAUAGGUAGCUCAGCCUGCCGUGCGCUCCGGCCAUCUCCAUGUCCCUCAUCACCGAUGAUCCCGACCGCUCCCCGAGGGACUGCGUGGCGGCCAGGCGCCACCACUCCGACAGGCGCCGGCGCCGGCUGCUGAUCGUGGCGGCGUCAGCGGUGGCGUUGCUGCUGGCCAUGGCCAUCAUACUCUGGCUCACCCUCCUUCCUUCCAGCCCGCGGUUCAGGCUGCUGUCCGCCACCGCCUCCACGAACGCCACCGGGGGCAUGGGCACCGUGCUGCUCGACGCGGCCCUCGUCGCUCACAACCCCAACGCGCACGCCCUCGCGCUCUAUGACGGCCUCCGGGCGCGCGCGUCCUACGCGGGACUCCAGCUCGCCGCCGCCGCGCCGAUCCCGCCGUUCCAGCAGGCCCAGGGCGACAUCGUGCUCUCCGCCGCGCUCUCCUCGUCCUCGGCGGCGGAGGAAACGACGGCGGGCGGGCGGUCGCCGACGCUGCUGACGCUGCGCCUGGAGGGGCGGCUUCGGUGGAAGGUGGCCGUCUGGGUGUCCGGCAGCCGCACCCUCGCUGCCGAGUGCGUCGCCGCCGCCAUCUCGCCGUCGCAGCCCAGGGCCGUCGUCGUGCAGGACUGUCAGUGCGCCACCACCAUCGGAUGAACAAAUCCGCACACCGAGUAUAUCUGCAUGUAUAGGUGUAUUAUAGUGCUUAAUUGUACGAGUACUCCCUCUAUGUUCUUGUAGUUACUGUAGUCAGUAGUUAAUUAGGAAAAGAUACGAUACGUGCAUGCAAUCAGUGCAAUUGUUGCGUGCCUUCUCUCGCAUAUGUACUUCCUCCGUUUCUUUUUACU